AUGAAAAUUAGUAAUAAACAAACUGAUAAAAAUAUAACUUAUACUCUCGAAGAAUGUAUUAAUCAUAUUGGUUUGGGAAGAUUUCAAUGGCGUUUAAUUUCUAUACUCGGUUUUUGUUCCAUGGCCGAUGCAGUAGAAAUGAUGCUUUUGGCUAUUCUUGGACCAGCAUUAACAUGUUAUUGGUCUGAUGUAACAGAAAUUCAAAUAGCUUCACUAACUACUGGUGUUUUUGCUGGUAUGAUGUGUGGAGCAUUUCUAUUCGGUAUUUUAGCAGAUAAAUAUGGCAGACGACGAGUUAUUUUUCUAAGUGCAAUAUUAAAUACGAUUUUUGGACUACUGACAGCAUUUGCACCCAAUUACUAUUGGAUGCUUUUAGCAAGAACACUUGUUGGAUUUGCUCUAUCGGGUGCUGCUCAAGGAUCUACAUUAAUGCUUGAAUAUUUACCAUCAUCUACACGUGCAACAAUUAUAAUUGUUAUUGAAUUAUUUUGGUCAUUGGGCAGCAUUUUUGAAUAUCUGAUGGCAAUGUUUAUUGUGCCAAUCUAUGGUUGGCGUGUAUUAACAAUUCUUUCAGCCUUACCAAUAUCGGUAGUUGCUUUUUGUAUGUAUUUUGUACCAGAAUCACCUCGAUAUUAUGUUGCUAGUGGUCGACAAGAAAAAGCGGAAGAUGUAUUGAAAACAAUAGCGUUAACAAACAAGCAUUCGUUACCACAAGGCAAACUUGUCGAUAUUAAUGCUAAAGAUGAAUGUGGAUCUGUUAAACAAUUGUUUCAUGUAAAUCUGAAACGAACAUCGUGUCUACUAGCAUUUAUGUGGAUGACAGUAGCAAUGACUUAUUAUGGUUUAAUUUUAAUAAAUACAUCAUUGAUGACAUUGAUGAAUGAUCAGAGAGACUUAAUGACAUUGAAAUCAACCAGAUGUAAAAUGUUAACUACUGAUGAUUAUAAAUCAUUAAUAUUUACAACAUUUGGUGAAAUGUUCGGUAUACCAUUAUUAUUAUUUUUUCUAUCACGUUUUGAUCGUCGGACUACAUGUAUGAUUAAUUUUACUUGUGCAUCACUUUGUUUUACUUUAUUUCUUAUAACGCCUCGUCAUCAACCAUGGGUUAUUAAUUCAAUAACAUUUAUAGCACGAAUGUUUAUUAAUUCUCAAUUUAGUUUAUUGUAUCUCUAUACACUGGAAGUUUAUCCAACUGUGAUACGUGCUAUUGCUAUUGGAUGUGCAUCAUCAAUGGCAAGAAUUGGUGCUAUGAUAACUCCAUAUUUGGCUCAAGUUUUAAUAAAACAAACAUUCGAAGGAGCUAUAGGUGUUUAUAUUCUAGCUACAGCAAUGGCAGCUAUUGCUGGAUAUUUACUACCAAUUGAAACCAAAGGGCGAGAUCUUAAACAAGCAACGUGUGAUUUACAUAGUUCAACAAUGUCUCCUGUUGAUAAUGGUAUUAUGAAUAAAGGAUAUGAAUCAAAUACAGAUGAAAAUGUGCAACGUAAUGAAAGUAGUACAAUUCUUCACCAGCUUCUUAUUGAACAAAUAACAUAUCUUAAAAUUGAUCUCAACGAUGAACCAGCAACGUCAUCUCCUCAAACUCUUUCGGCUAUAUUUACUUUGGUUUUAACUUUAAGUAAAUCUUCAACGUUGACGUCAUUGAAAAUUAAUGUGGCAACUUUCGAUGAUUGUCUUUAUCUAUUUGAUGGACGUUUCAAUUGUUUAUCGAAAUUGAUUAUACAUGUAAAAGUAAUUGCACAUACAUUAGGAACUAUCGAUAACUUCAUUACUUCGACGGAUGAUAAAUCUUGA